UUAAACUGCAAUCGAGUGAAAGGGGCAACUUAACAGAAAAAAAAAAAAAAAAAUAGGAACUAGAAAAAACCAAAAUACCAUGACAAGCCUCAAUUAGGCCGCUUAACGCUUUCGCAUUCGCAGCGCCACGAAACUCAUCAUUGAAACAUACAAGAAAGCAUCCCAAGUAGAACUAGAACUAGCUUGUCAUCGCCUCGCACCACUGACCCAACAACCAACAGCCAAACGCUAAGAGCUAAGAGCCACCAUCGAACAGCCAAAGCCAAGGCCGACCGAAAUCAAAGCUUAUUUUCUUUUUUUUGGCCAACAACAACAAACGACGAAACGACACGAUCAUGAAUUAUCAGAAGGCCAGUGAAACGCAUUCACCGUCCCCGUUCAAGAAGCCGAAACGGCCCGCUGGCACCAACAACAACAACAACAACGACAACAACAACAGCAACAAGAAGAACAGCCACAGCAACAGCAGCAACAGCAUCAAAGGCAAAGGCAACGGGAACGGGAACGGCAAUAGCAUACAAAACUUUUGGAACGAACGCAUCAUGGAGCGCUUCAUAAAGGCGAAUCUAUUCAUUAUCUGCUGUGUGGCGGCGGGCCUGUUGCUGAUUGUCUACCUGGGCGCCUUCUCGUGCGAGGUCUCGUGGCUGCUGGAGGCGCACGGCGAGCUGCCCUUCGCCGCCUAUACGCUGUGCACACUGUACUUUGUGAUGUUUGUGGCGACGACCAUUCUGAUCCAUGGCCUAGUGAGUGGGCUCUGCUGGCCCCUAUUCGCCUGGUCGGCUGUCAUUGGGCUGAUGUCGAUACCGGAGCUGGUGCUAGUGAUGCUAAUGACCACGCAGCAUUGGGGUCUGCAGUCGGUGCACGGCCUAACGGAGCUCACCUCCUAUUUGAUAAGGCUCAUCAUCAACUGCCUGGCUCUGAUCUGCGUCAUUCCCACCGGCAUCAAAUGGCGUCGCGAGAGGCAGGUGCUCAAUCAGCUGCAAGGCCUGGCGACCCGCCUCUCCCUGCAAACCCCGGCGCCCAGCGUGCCCAUGACCAAGGCGGACUCGAGGCGCUCCAGCCAGCGGCUGAGUGGCUUCGAGAACGCGGGCUACCAGCUCUGCGACGAGACGAAGCUGCCCCUGGGCAGCGGAGCUAACCAGAUGUUUGGCUCGCAGAACGAGUUCAAUGCCAGCAUGUUUGCGCCCCAGCAGUAUGUGCCCAGCCAGCGGAGCAGCUCGAAUCAGGUGCAUCGCGCCCAGUCGCUGAUGGAUCUGCGCUGCACGCUGCCUGGCAUGUACAAUCCCCGGCACGUGCUGGACACGGAGGACAAGAAUGCCAAGUACUUCAAUAUAACCAUAGACGACCUGAAGCACAAUUUGCAGGAUUCGCACCGCCCGUCGCCGCCCUCGCUGAUUGGCUCCGCCAGCAAUGAUCCCAUCUACUGCUCCAUCGAGCCCAAGCAGCUGACGCCGCCGCCCGCCCAGCAGCAGCAGCAGCAGCGACAUGGCCAGCAGAAGAAGCUGGCGCGCAACUGCAUCUCCCUGGAGAACCUCGACGGCAUUAGCAAGGUGCAGAACGACCUGGCUGCCUAUGGCAACAAUCUGCUGCAGAACUACACGCAGCAGCAGCACUACUACUUGGCCAUGCUGCUGCAGCAGCAACAGCAGCAGGCGGCCGCAGCAGCAGCGUCCAAUCUCUACCGCCGCCCCUCGGCCUGCAGCGUAACGGGCAGCUGCACAAUGCUCGGAGUGCAGCGACGCGGCUCCCAGCAGCUGCAGCAGCAGCAGCUCCAUCAGCAGCACCUGCAGUACUACGGCGGCUUCGGCUAUGCCAACUAUGCCAAUCCCUACAUCACAGCCAACAGCAAAUUGUCCCUGGGCAAUGAGUCCGAUGACUAUCGCAAGUAUCGCGAUGUGGCUCUUUAGUAGAUAUUUAAGCUAUGCUCCAGUCAAAAACACACACACACAUAUAUCUAUAUAUAUAUAUUAUACAUCAUACUCAUUAGCUGUAGCCUGCUCGACUACCACAGACAAGAAAUUCCUCGGAAUAACGACCAAAGAGCCACAAAACUAACUCAAUUACAGUGUUUGUAUUCGCUUCGUUUCGUCUGCACCUGCAGUGCGUAAACCUUGUCAAUUGAGGUUCUAGCUGUAUGCAAAUUAGUUAUAAGCGUCCUAUGUCCGAUACGAACAUUACCACUUUCACAGCGACAACGACUUAGGCUUUAAAAGUAGAUAUUAUGUGCAGUAAUUUGCAAUAAUUACCAGUAACUACUUGCAAUUACCCGUAACUACUUGUAAUUA